AUGUACGAAGAACUAGAACAGUACUUCGAAGCAGGAUUAUCGUUCGAGAGUCCCAUUGUAACUAUAUAUGGAAGCCGUUUCUCAAAGUCAUCACCCAUCCUUCCAUCUUGGAUUGUUUCUCUGUUGAUUCAUUUGUUGGAAAUUGGCGGGCGAGGAGGGAUGGCGACUGAUUUUGGGCACCGGUACAAUUGUAUCAACAGACAUCCUUUUGCCAUUAGCGAAUGUGGUAUGCCCAUGCAGCUAGCAAGAUGUUCUGAAUGUGGAGCGCCUAUUGGAGGACACAACCACCAGGCUGUUGAGGGUGUUUCUCGAGCGGAGCAUAUGGAGUAG